GGGCCGGGCCGGGCCCGGCGAGGCCGCGGGGCCAUGACCGAGUACAAGCUGGUCGUGGUGGGCGCCGGCGGCGUGGGCAAGAGCGCGCUGACCAUCCAGCUCAUCCAGAACCACUUCGUGGACGAGUACGACCCCACCAUCGAGGACUCGUACCGCAAGCAGGUGGUGAUCGAUGGCGAGACGUGUCUGCUGGACAUCCUGGACACGGCGGGGCAGGAGGAGUACAGCGCCAUGAGGGACCAGUACAUGAGGACGGGCGAGGGAUUCCUCUGCGUGUUCGCCAUCAACAACAGCAAAUCCUUCGCCGACAUCAACCUCUACAGAGAACAGAUCAAGAGAGUGAAGGACUCGGAUGACGUGCCCAUGGUGCUGGUGGGGAACAAGUGUGAUCUGCCCACGAGAACAGUGGACACAAAACAGGCCCAAGAAUUGGCAAAAAGCUACGGAAUCCCCUUCAUAGAGACCUCUGCAAAAACGAGACAGGGUGUGGAAGAUGCUUUUUACACCCUGGUGAGAGAGAUCCGGCAGUACCGGAUGAAGAAGCUGAACAGCAGCGAGGAUGGGAACCAGGGCUGCAUGGGAUUGUCCUGCCUUGUCAUGUGAAAGAACCUGUUGGUUCCAGGAGAUUUGGUUCCUAUGAGGUUUUAAUGCUCAAAAAAAGAAAAAGUCCCCUCUUAAGUUGGCGACAGAGCUUAAGAAAAGGAAUUUUCAUUCACGUCACCCCUUUGGCUGAUGGCUGGAUGGAACAAGAUGAUCUCUAAGGCUGCUUCCAGCCCGAAACAUUCCAUGAUUUCCACCGAUUUCCAUGGUGUGACCCUCUGUGUCAUUCCUUCCGUCCCCUUCCUUUGGGAAACCAUUUGGACUGUUUGGAGAACGUGUAAUUUCUGAAGGGACACCUUGAAAGAGGGGUGUGCACAGCUGUGCCCCUGAGUGAUCGACUCCUGCACUGCCUCCCUCCAGCCGUGUUCCUCUGGAACCUGCUGAUUCCGGGAUUGACCAAAUCAAACAAUGAAAUCCGAGUUCCCAGCUGAGGGCAGUUCCUUUCAGCGACUCCCUGAACGCUGUUGCUCGUGACUGUGAGAACACAGACCAGCUCAGGACUUGCUGUGCUGCACUGCACACCCCCCCCAGAGCGGGACAGAGCUAAUUAGUGCUAAUUGGAGGUGCCUUUCUGUUCCAGAUGCCAAGAAAACGCGGUUCAGGUGCAGCUGCUGGACGAGCCUGGAUCUCCUGUGCUGCCUCUCCUGCUGAUCCCUGCAGUGUUUUGGUGCCACCGACAGACUCUGGGCACCAGAGUUCCUUGGCACAAGGUCCUUCUCCGUGCUCCAUCUGAAGAGAACAUCCAUGGCAUCUACCUCCCUGCUCAGCUCACGGAGCAGCAGCACCUCUGGAUGUGCUGGGAUUCUUUCCUCACUGUGUUACCUGGCUUUGUUCAAGAAGGAAACCAGUCACAGAAGUGAACUGUAGAGACUAAAUGCUGUGAAAAAGAUGACACUUUACCUCUAGAGUAAAAGCUAGAAGUGCUGUGUGUCCCCUGUCUGUUGGAUUCCGUGCAGUGCUGUCAGAGGAGUGGCACAGGGUGAUGUCACAGGGCGUGGUGCCACCAGGAGUGCCCCUGUCCCCUCUCAGCUGGGUGACACCUGUGCAGCAAAAGUGAAACACCUCCAGUGCCAGGAGUGCCACCUACCCGAUCCUCCAUUCCUGUAAUAAAAAGGAAAGCCUUUCCUAACUAAGUGCCUGUUUGCUAAGAAGAUUUGAAGUUGUCCCUUGGGUUGAGGAAAACCCCAAGGAACUGGAAUUUCUUGGGAGCUCGUUGUCUCAAGCAGGCAAGUGUGGUGUGGGUGAUCUGUGCCUGGCAGGAUCCUCCAGCAGGAAUUUGGAGGCUGGAAGGUUCAGCAGGCGCUUGUGAGACUCCUGGACGAGGGAGGGGACACGCUGCGUCUGUGCUUUGCUUUCUUUGUGGGUGGAACAGUUUUUGUAUUCUGUAUUGUUUUCCUGCAGCAUUCAGAUCUCUUCCAAGUUGGACCAAACCUGUCAGCUGUUCAUUUUUAACAUGAACUGCCAGCAUUUCUGGGCAGCUCCUCACUAAUAAAUCUGGGAACUGGAGGUUGCUUUGGACAGCUGCUAUUCAGCUCUCUCUGUAACUUGCAAAUUGUUUUUUGGGUUUUUUUUUUUUUUUUUUCCUGAAUUAUUUUCUUACCACAGACUGUAAAGAGUCUCUUCAAAAUGUCUCUAUAGACUGUAAAAUGUAGUUGGAGUUUCCUUGUCAGGGAAGGAGUGUGGGGGUUUGGGGUUGACUCUGUCAGGGCUGCAGAAAGUGGCUGCUCCAUCCCUGGAGCAGUCUGGGACAGUGGGAGGUGUCCCUGCCCGGGGCAGGGCUGGGGUGAGAUGGGAUGAGAUUUGAGAUGAGUUUUCAGGUCCUUUCCACCCCAAACCACUCUGGGAUUCUGUGAUGAAGGGGAGAGCAGCCACACCUGAGCCAGCUCCUGGCUGCAGCAUCCUUGCAGGAUGAGGAAGGAGAUGAGUUCAGUGAUGGCUUCACAGAAGGUGUGGGACAGACUGGUGGGAAUCCUGAGCUCGCUCUGGCAGCCUCCAGCUGAGGGAAUUGUGAGCUGGGUGAGUUCUUCCCGGAACAAAACACCCUCCCCUCCUCACCUGGGUGCUCAGGAGUGGUCACUGCUGGCACGCUGCCUGCAGUGCCGCUCCUGCCCUGGUCCUGUGCUGCUGGCACUGCGUUCUGCUGCUGUGCUGGCGCAGGGGAGCCGAGUGCCCAGCUCUGGGAGCUCCGUUCCGGCUCUGGGGAGGAGGAGGAAGGAGCCCUCGGCCAACAGAGGGAGCAUUCGGUCAGAGCCGGCAGCAGGGAAUUGCAGGAGGCUCAGUUUCAGGUGCCUGGUGUCAGUCACACGUCUUAAUUUGGAGUGCUCAAUUUCAAACGGGCGUUAGAAAUCAGUAAACAGAGAGAGAAGAAUUCUCUCCUGUUAAUGUUGCUUCCUUCACUACUUACAGACUUAAUUCUCCUCUGGGAAUGAAGAGGAUCAAUUUGCAUCACAUUUCCUUUAUCCGUGAUAAUCCUUAUAAAAUACUUCUUUUUUUUUCAAUUUAUUUUAACUUUGUCUGACGUGACUGAUACGAACUAAACCCACCAAGAAAAUUAAUGUAAAGUAUUCUUUUCCAGCAAGGUGCACACGAUGUUGGGCAGAAUUGUGGGGACCGUUGGCCGUGGCUCGAGCUCAGUUUGUGUGAUGUUGCCCAGAGCAGCUGUGGCUGCCCCAUCCCUGGAAUUGUUCAAGGCCAGGAUGGAGCAGCCUGGGACAGUGGAAGGUGUCUGUGCCCAUGGGAUGAGCUUUAGGGCCCCUUCCAGCCCAAACCACUCCAGGAGCGAUCUCAUGCUGCAGUUAAACGUGACAGAGCUGCCAGGGCUCAGAAAGCUUUGUCAGGAGGAGUUUUGUGCCAAAACCUUCCCUGUGGCUGGAGAUGAGGGUCUGCUCUGAAGAGGUGUGUGGCACUGGGGCAGCCAGUUCAUAAAAACACCCUGGGAAAAUGAGGAAAAGCUUUUGGGAUGCACAUCUGGUGACACAGAGCCAGCAGGAAGGGGCAGCGCGCAGUUGGUGAGGACGCUGAGCGGUGACGUUCCGUCCUCCAGCUCCCUGGGUGGGGUUUGAUUUCUUGGGAAGUGCAGGAAUUGGUUUCCUGGCCAGCAGGAUUGCUCAGAGCACGGCUGCCUGUGGCCAUGGGAAGCCUCUGGCAUUUGAUGUUCAAAGGCUGUGUGGUCAGCCUGGAGAAUUGUUUGGAUGAGGUUCAUCAUAGCAAUGCUCAGUGUGCUCUGGUCGGCAUUAAAAUGUACCAGCUGGAGCUCCAAAAGUGGGAAUUCUCAGAAAUGUGUGGGAACUGACUGGAAAAUUCAUCUGCUUCUCUUUGCUGUUCCCUUUCUCUUGGGCUCCAUAAAACCUGAAAAGGGAAAACGCCCUGGUGAGGAUAGGUCUGCAUUAGUGUCACCUUUGGAACCUUCAGAAAGGUUUUUAGGAGGUUUUUUUUCAGUUUUUAGGAUGCUGCAGAGCUAACCUGCACAGGUGAUACUUUCAGCUCCAUCAGUGUAGUUCCAAAUCCAGCAAAAAACACAAAGUCAGGGCGUUGUGCUCGUCAGGAGUGUGAACUGAAUGGUUGCAAUUUGUUUCCAGCUGUCUCACAGAGAACUCUGGGUUUGGUGGCAGCCAGGAACUGGAAGGACAAAACCCUGUGAACUUUUGGAAAAACGAUUUAGAAGAUAAGCACAGAAGGUUUUGCACAAGACAGGUCCCUGGAAAAGGUGGUUUAGGAGAUUUGGUCCAAAUAUUGUUAUUUAGAACUGCACAACGCUGCACUAGUGCCGAGCUGAUUGCACUGCCCUGGCUGGGCAGGGCACGAACAACUCUUGAGGUAAAAUGUUAAAAAAGGGUAAAGCUCCUGUUCAGAACCUCCAGGUGCCAAUGACUGUAAGAGAUGUUUCUGUUGCUGUGGCUGAGCACAGCUCUGCAAGGAGCCGCUGGAGCUCUGGCUGUUCCUCCCUGUGCCCCAAGCCUCGGUCUUGUUCAAACUGCUCAGAUUAUGUCCUUGUCCUUGCCAGGACUUUGGAUUUUAACCAGGAUGUUUAAGCUGCCCUCACUUUUAGUACAGCUCAGACUUAGAAUUGGAUUUCAAGCAGCCUCAGGCCUGUGGGGGAAGGAGAGCAGGGGAAGUUUGAAUCACGUUCUGACCUGUCUGUGCUCCUCAAAAACCCCAAACCUUUGAGUGUGUAACCCUCAGGAUGGUCGGGAAAUGUUGGGAUCUGGACUUUUAACCCAAGGGCUAAUUUGUUGUUACUUUGUUUAAUUGUUUGCUUUCAAUAAUGCAUCUCUUUUGGUUUGAAUUGAAGUAAAUUAUUUUGCUUCUUUAAAUAA